AUGAUGUUGUUCAAAGAAGCUGAAGUGUACUUUUCUCUGGAAGGGGAACGUUGGCAAGAAGACUUUAUUUCUUACGAGCCUAAACAAGACAGGGUCUCCGAACAUGCUCGUACAAUUCAUAUUGAUCUAGAGAACAGGACAGCGAAACAUAUCAAGAUGAAACUAAAGUUUCAACAUGAAUGGAUCCUUAUCAGCGAAGUCACUUUUAAAUCUGUUCCAACAGUUAUAAAUUCAUCGGCGGAAUUUCUUGAGGAAUAUUAUCGGAGCGACUCACCUCCAUAUUCAAGAAAGAAAAGAAAUUCCUCUUUACGAGUUUCUGUGGGUCUUGCUUGCGGAGCCGUCGUUGGAGUCGGAGCAUGUAUUGCAGCCAUAGCUGUGUUAAUAACAAAGCGUACCAGAAGGAGGAUACCGAAUGUUUUGAAGAAGCCUUUUUGUCCUUCACUAAGAAAUGCUAAUGCUCGAAAUAAUCGCAGAGCCCCGAGGCUUGCUUUGGCGUUAGCAAAUUGUCCACCAAUUCACAUGCUCCGGCCUGCUGUAGUUGACGAGGACUACAGGGAACCAUACAAUAUAUGGAGAGAAACACUUGGUCGACGAGAUAAACAAGAGAUUCAUGAUCAAAACGAAUACAACGAAAUUUGCGAGGAUCCUGAGUUCCCCCGACCCUACAUGAUGAAAAGACCCGAUCCGCAUGAAAGUUUCUACGCCGCCACUGACAUUAUUCAUCACACUUAUCCCGACGAGCGAACUCUAAGACGCGAACGUCCUGCCCCAGGACUCUUCACGUCCAUUAAACUACCUGAAGCCGAGCCCCCAAACGGAGUGGCGCCCCUGCUGGAUUUCCCGCGGGGGCGCAUGCGACCGGUUACUUUCCUAGGCGAGGGACAACAUGGCACUGUAAGUACACUUGCAUGUUUAAAGCUCCAAUCCAAUAUCGUCUAA